AUGCUGCGCCCCUUAGGCGUGGGGCUCCAUGCGCCACUGGAGCUUUAUCGUCAAGGGCUAGAAGGGCAUCGAACCGUUGAUCAAGCCAGUUCGGCAGAAGAAAAAUUCGGCCGAACUCAGCUUGCCACCAGACGGACUUGGCGGGCAAGACCGCCCAUCGAUGCGGGUGUCAGAGAGGCCAACGCAGACAGUCUGAAGGCCACUCAGACCUGGCUUGGGGCGGACGCAGACGCACGAGUGACCGGCUCCGCUGGGCUAUCUUUGCGUGCCGGUGACUGUCUCCUGUUCGGAGAGGAGGCCAAAAAACCAGCCUCCUGUCAGCUUACCGAGCGGAGUUGGCUGAAGCAGCACCAGCUGAGCUGGGAGCCGGGCUCGAGCACAUCAACAGGCACCAGAAGUGGAGAGGGUGAGGUGACCUUCGGCAGCCCUGGGCCCUUUGGACCUGGCGCCGAAGGGGCCGCCGGGGGCCUGAAAGCCGUUAUAUCGGGUAGGCUUUCCAAGGCGUCCACUUCGUUCAAUACCUCUUCACCCUCUGCCGUCUCUUCUUCUUCGUCAUCCUCCACUUCUGAGUCAUUUGACCCACCGAUGAAUGCGUUAGUUCAGUUGGCUCACAGUCUGUCUAUCAACACCACGGCCACUGGUACCGUUCCCGCGACAACUAUCCUCUCUUCAAGCACCCUAGAGGCCUCCAUUGACAGCGGCCACAAUGGAGGGGACAAGUCGGUUAGGAGUCCGCAGACAGUGGUUGCUUCGUCACUAGCAGAGACCCAAGGAACGGGCAUCGGGCCAACCGAUAAUGCAUCCAUCGGGCCGGCCAGGUCGAUUAGCGAGUUAGCCGCAAUUACUAGGGCUGGCUGGAAGCCUCGAGAGGUAAGAUCUCCCGGAGUGCUGAGGCCCGCAACUCCUCUUCUUCCGGAGGCGCAGCUGGGACCGGCAGCGGCAUCAAUGGGCCCUGAUAUGCAGGGCUGCCGGAAGACGAUUGGCACCAGAUUAAAUGCCAGCCAUUUGGAGGGCUCGAAGGUCGGCACCGCCCUCGGCGAGUCUGGAGACUCACAGCAACUCCGCGUACUCCGGCCGCCCUGUGUUCCACAACUCGGCUGGCGCAGUCAGCAGGACGGCACACUUUGCUACACCGCGUAUGCACGCUUCGAAGACGCUGGCAUACCGUUGUCAGGCCGAGAGAAUCGGGAGGCGACCAGGCUGAGCGCUGGCUACGCCGGAGGCAUCACUGCCUCAACAAGCUCCGGUUUGUCCUGCUCCAGUCCAAGCCUGCAGGCCUCAGCCAUGGCCCAGUGGCAGGCCUUACGACAGCGUUAUGCUCGGCCUCUGCUCGGCCUAAAACGCCGGUUCCGCUGCACGGUCCAGCUACCGCCCCGAGUGCUCUAUUACCGUGGCAUCUACGUCCAUCUGCUCACCAUCACAGGGCCGACACGGGCCGACAUCUUGCGCUGUCGGAACGCUUUGCCGAGUCGGCUUGCGAAAGCUCUUAUCACAGCUCGCGACAAAUGGGAGGACAUUGGGACAAGUGUAGGCAACGGUGGUCACGGUGGCUCCUGCGGCGUUGUCAUCGGUGCCGGCGGUGCCGGCUUCAAGUAG